GCAACACUCACUACAAUGUCUUGCCGUGGUAUGUUGGUAUGUGUCGUUGGUUUCGUCGUGCUCCUAGCUGGACUACCACUCGGCAAUGCCCAACUCCCCAUCCCGAACAGCGCGAACUACAUCGGCGUCGGGUACAACUUCAUCAUGGGCAACCCGGAGGGUGACUCGCUGAACUCUGGCGGAGUCGAUCCUGGACUUCUGGCCUCCAGGAACAUCUUCGAGCUCACCUAUGACCUGGGAAAGAAGUCGAAAGACAACAAAUACCGUGUGCCGGAUGAGACGGAGUUCCUGCAACGAAGCAGCGCUUUUACCACAAAGGAGAAAUCGACGUUCCACGGAACGAAAAGCUAUGCCAAGACUCUCUCAUCAAAAGUACAAGAAUCUGCUUCCUUGGAUGCUGUCUUUGCUUCGGUCAAGUUUGCUGGCAGUCACGAUUAUAAGCAAAUUUCGGAGGACGAAAAGAAAGAGGGUUACGUGUACUUCACUGAGCAGACGAUACAGAACCUGGGCACAAUCCGAUACUUGGAUGAACUGGCUCGGGCUGAUCAGUUUGAAAUUACCCGCAAUUUCUAUGCUGACGUCUGCGGACUACCUGUCACGUAUGAAUCCCAGAAGAAGAACUAUAUGGACUUUAUUGAUAAAUGGGGAACGCACGUUGUGACGGAGCUACAGACGGGGGUUCGUUCUGGUACAACCUAUCGUGCAACCCGAUCCUCAUUCGUCAAACUGGCAUCAGAACAGAGAUCGGAUAGCUUGAGUUUAGAAGGACACUACAAAAUCGCCUCUGCAUCGAUAUCCGUGAACAUGGAUAAAUUCACUGAGGACAAGUCUGCAGAGAAGAAGUUUGGGAGCCAAUAUACAACUUACAAAGUGGGCAGUGAGACUUUGCACGAGCCCAUCAGCCUCAAACUGCUCGGACUUAACGAAUUACUGGCGGAUGACAAGUACUGGACCACACAGGCAUCUCAUGAAGGAACGCUGUGUCCCGUAGGAUGGGAAAGGCCACUUAUUGCCGCAAACAUCUUAAAGGCUUACAAAGGAUACAUCGAAUAUAAGAACAUCGCUGCGAGCACAGAUCUGGAGGUUCGUAUUCCUCUAACGUGGCCAGAUGGGCAGUACGCCCUGGCCAAGCCGGCCAGGAAUGGGGGAACGUGCCCUAACACUGAUUACCUGACGUGGGAUGAAGGCAACAGGCUGGAGAUCACACAACCUUUAGGUGCGAAUUGGUGGUCGAAAGAUACCCAGCAUUUGAGUGACAAUAUCUUCAUGGAGUCGGCCCAGGUAUACUACUGCGUCAAGAGUGUGGCACAGUCGUCGACGACAUCGUGGAAAUGGAUGCCAGGGAGCUAUUGCAUCUAUCAGUUUGGCAACACAUGCCCGAACGGUUUUGAUAGCGGAUACCUCAAAUAUGAUGACGAUGACACGUCAAGCAACCAAGCUAAUGGUAUUUUGCCAGCAGGGGAGUAUACGAGCGAGUACACUUUGAUUCGCUUUUGUUGCCGGAAUGACGCCUCCCCUAUGCAUCCCAUCUUCCUUCCUACCGACUCGAGCUUUUUCCUCGUUAGAUACUUUGAUAAUUGUCAGAAGGUAAGCGGGAUGACUGAUACGGAAGAGUUCUUUGAACUCGACACCAUGCAUGCCGGGCUGAAUGUCGACAACGAUGACGCGGAGUACGGAGCGUUUCCUCAACCUGGCGUCGUUCAACACACACGAGUCAAGAUCUUCUUCUGCUACUACCAGCCACAAACCAAGGCAAAGCGAGUAGAUGAUGCUAUUGAACGCAUUAAGGAGGAGUUGGCGAAAAAGUUCCUCGACUUGCUCGAAAGGGACCGAGAUGGGAUGUCCAUGGGCGAUAAGUAGAGAAUGGCAUAUGAAAGCGAAGGCGUAGAAGAUAACUAGAAUGGCUUAUGAAGGAGAAGGCGUGGUGGAUCAUGUAAGGGUUUGGGAAGAGUAGAAGGCAUAAUAAUAUUACAUAACUGUAUAUUGGCGCUUAGAUACGAGAGGGGGGGGGGGGGGGGAGAGAGAAGAAAGACAUGACAAAUAUUGAGCUUUCACCGUUUAUGACAUACAAUUACCAAAUCAAUUACAACAUUUUCACUGUUCUUUAUGAUUUAAGACUAUCAUGAUCGAAACAGAUAUGUUUUUAAGUUGGAUUUAAACUGAUGUAGUGAAGGACAACAUUUAAGAGACUCUGGGAGAUUGUUACAUAGUUUUGGUAUAGCAUACUGAAAAUAAUAUGUUGUUCUUCUGCCCAUACCGACCCUCAAAUCAUAAUGACACCUGCAGCCACUCCUAUUCGGAACAAGAAGCAGGAUCAAAUAAUAAGUUAUUAAAUAAUAAGCAUCAUGCAACUACACAUGUAAUUGCAUGACAAAAUACAACUCAUUUUAUAAAACUUGAUAAAGACAUCGAUUCUGUUAUAUAAAUCCUAAUCCCUUAUCCCUAACCCUGCAUUCAAUAAUAAAAACAUAUGAACUAAUUCCUUAUCAUGGAUUUACUGUGAUAACUAUUACUGGUGUUGGGUUAAUGACUGUUGUGCGGUCUUUGAUUGGUUGAUAUACGAUUUAUACUGGAAACUUUUAAAACCAUUACAUAAUUAUAUACUCCCAUCGUGAAAAUCUAUAUGUACUAAUUGUUCUCUAGUUUAAAUCUUUAUGGUGGUAAUGGAACUGAUACUAUUUCGCUUGCGGUAGGCAUAAUUAAUCUCUUUGUAUCUUUAGAAGUUAUGUAUUCGGUAAUUACAAAAGUCUUUGUUAUAAAUUGAAUCUAGGAUGUUAGCGUUGAUUCGAGAAAGAUAGAAAAAAACUAAUUGUAUGCGUUGUAAUAUUACGGGUGUACGGUUUUUUUGUAUAAAUACUUUUGCACCAUAUAACGGAUUUUUCAUGAAGAAAUCUAAAAUUAGUUUUGUCUUGAAUUAUAGAAAUUAACAAAACAGGCAGUGUGCCUGAAAUAAUGACUUGCUUCUGAUAUAAUAAUGUGCGAAUUUGGUUGCAGGCUCGUAUAAUAAACUCAUAAUGCUUGGAA